AUGCAUGUCCUUUACCUGAAACUUACCUUCCAUAGGGGGGUAGAAGUCACGCACUUGGCCAUCCUCUCGGAAAAGCAGAGGGGAAGAGAAACCAAGCUCUCCAAAGAAUGGCAGCAAUUCUUCCUGUCCUGCUGCCCGUCCCUCCCCCCAGCCUCUGCCCCAACAGAGGUGUCGGAACUGAAGCUGGCCUCUCGGAGGCACCAGAUGUUGAAACAUUUGACCCCUGAAACCAUCGCCACCCCCAGCCAAGCCUGGCUGGGCUUCCUCGGCCCUAACGUGGCCCAGGCAGCCUGCAUUCUCAAGUUCCAGGAGUACCGCUCCACUUGCCAGGAAAUGAAUUUAAAGGAUGCUUUAGAAAACCAGAGCAGUGCCUGUUUUGCCAUGGAAGCAAAGCUAAAACAGUGA